AUGGGGAGAACACCAGCUAAAGAUUCAAAGAAUGUUAAAAAGGAGAAACAUGGGAAGAGUCAGCAGUCAAACAAUGUAUCUUUAAAAAAUGAACACUUUAAGUGGGAUAAUUACUUGAAAGAGACUGGAUCGCUAGCUGCUCCUCCACAUUGUUUCAGACAGUCUAGGAUCCCACCUAGCAAUGAUUUCAAAGUUGGUAUGAAACUGGAAGCCCACGACCCACGCAAUGUUACCUCAGUGUGUAUAGCUACAGUAAUUGGAAUCACUGGUGCCAGAUUAAGGUUGCGGCUUGAUGGAAGUGACAACAAAAAUGACUUUUGGAGGCUUGUGGAUUCCUCUGACAUACAGCCAAUUGGGACCUGUGAAAAGAAAGGGGGGAUGCUCCAGCCGCCACUCGGUUUCCAGAUGAAUGCAUCAUCUUGGCCAAUGUUUCUGUUAAGAACACUAAAUGGAGCUGAAAUGGCACCUGCAGCAUUCUUUAAGAAGGAACCAGCAAAACCUGCUCCAGACUAUUUUAAAGUUGGAAUGAAACUUGAAGCAGUAGACAAAAAGAACCCUUAUUUAAUUUGCCCAGCGACCAUCGGAGAUGUUAGAGGAGAUGAAGUUUUCAUUACAUUUGAUGGCUGGCGGGGAGCAUUUGACUAUUGGUGCAAAUAUGAUUCUCGAGAUAUCUUCCCAGUCGGAUGGUGUGGCUUAACAGGAGAUGCACUACAGCCACCAGGCAACAAUGUUUCCAUUACAAAAAGAGGUGCAAAAGCCCAGUCUUCCCCUUCCAAAGUGACCCGGCGUUCAAUGCAGUCUCCACAGAAGUCUGCUCCAGUACCAGCACAAUGUGGCAGGAAAACAGGUCGGGGCAACCCCCCUGGACAAUCUACAGUUCCUAGGAAGGGAAGAUCUCCUAAAACCAUUCCUCUGACAAAAAUCACCUCUACGGAAAAUCUCAAAACAAGGAAAAAAGGUUUAAAACCUGGAAGAAAGAAAAAAAUCUUGCCAGUGAAAUCUCCUCCUGAACCUUCUCCUCCACUUACUUCUCCUGAGGGGGACAAUGGCAGUACACAGAUACAUAAAGAUGGAGUUGGCAUUGCUGGUGCAACAGCAGCAGUUAUAUCCACAGUUUGCGUCUAUGUUAACAAGCAUGGGAACUCUGGACCUCACCUGGAUAAGAAGAAAGUUCAGCAGCUUCCAGACCACUUUGGACCAGGUCCUGUAAAUGUGGUACUUCAGCAGGCUGUGCAGGCCUGUGUAGACUGUGCCUAUUUAUCCAAAACAGUCUUUGGAUUCCUCAAGUCAGGGCAUCAUGGAGGGGAGAUGAUAACAGCCGCCUUUGAUGGGGAGAAACAUGCCAUCAAUCUUCCUUCUGUAAACAGUGCAUCGUUUGUCCUGCGUUUCUUGGAGAAGCUCUGCCACAGUCUGCAGUGUGAUAAUCUUUUUAGUAGCCAGCCCUUCAGCCCUUAUAUGGGAAGUGCACAUAGUCCUACAGAGUAUGAUAGGAACAAACCAGCAAAAGAGGAAAUAUCAGAAAACAGAAGUACUAAACGAUAUUCUCAGGAUUCUCCACCCUACACUGCCCCUCUCUCCCCUAAACUCCCCAGACCUGACGCUCACCCAUCUGAAGCAGAAACAUUGCCAACUGAAGAAAAUUGCACUCCCAAAGAACACCGAUUUUCUGAGGACUCUAUGGAUUCUGCACUCAAUUCAGUAAAUCCUUCAAGCCCAACCCGCCGAAAUUCCACUGAAUAUCGUAUCUCAGGGAGUGCAGCAUAUUACAGGAAUUCCCUUCAGCCAGUGACUGCUGCUUCAAACUCAGCCCCAGUCCUACACAGGCUGUCAUCAAGCUCUGCUGGGAACAGCAGUUACUAUGAAGUCACCAGGAAUCGAAUGCAGAGGAGGAUUGAAGCUGCAAGUUCUACAACAGGUCCUGAUCUCAGUGCACUAAAAAGGGAACCCUCACGAGUACCAAAUAAGGAUCCUUCUACCUGGUCAAUAGAGGAAGUGAUGCGAUUUGUGAAAGAAGCUGAUCCUCAGGCAUUAGCACCCCAUGCAGAACUCUUCAGGAGACACGAAAUUGACGGAAAGGCACUACUGUUACUAAGGAGCGAUAUGAUAAUGAAAUAUAUGGGACUGAAGUUGGGGCCAGCAUUAAAGCUAUGCUACCAUAUUGAGAGACUUAAACAAGGAAAGUACUAG